AUGGUCGAUGUUCGUUCAAUUGGGUUCCACGAGAUGUUCACGGCGUGGGAAAUGUGCGGUUGUGGUGGCGGGGCAACACUCGAGGUCUUCUUUUGCGGCGGGGAUGACUCAAAUGGAUCCAAGGAGGGGUCAUUGCACUGGCACAGCGUCCCUCGCUCAGCUUGCGCCUGCGACACGCGACAAAGAACCGAUAAGAUAACAAACAACCUAGAAUUCAUCAUUUCACGCUCUCGACUUCCCGGCAUUCUAGGGAAGCAAUUCCUCAAAGAUACCUACCUACCUACAGGGGCGAAGGGCACGUACCUUAGCGCGGGGUCUUUCGUCAUGGGCUCCCACCUCUCCUGCUUCCAGUCGGCUGCUUCUUUGUCACCAACACCUCCAAAGCAGCCCGCCGCGCCCGCUCCUAAACCUGCCAAAUCAUCGACACCAAACCCGGAUAAGCAGCCUUAA